UAUAAGUAUAAUAUAAGUAUAAUAUAAAGAUAAUAAAGGUUUGGAUAAUAAUUAUAAACUUAUAAAAGAUGGGUGCAGCAUUGUCUAUCCCAUUAAUGCCGGUGACGGCAAUGACAUCAUCUAUUGCUUCAUGUUGUGGAGCCGCUGCAUGUUCUGCCAUUUGUUCAUCAAUUGGGGGCACUUUUAAAUCAUCAAUAUUAACUAGAAUUACUUAUGCCAUAUUACUUUUAAUUAAUUCAUUAUUAUCAUGGAUAGUCCUUUCACCAUUUAUAGUUCAUAAAUUAGAAAAGGCAACUUUUGGAUUUAUUAAUAGUAAAUGUGGACCUGAUGGAAGUGAAUGUAUAAGUUUUACAUCAGUUCAUAGAAUUAAUUUUGCUCUUGGUUUAUUACAUUUAAUUUUAGCAGGUUUAUUAAUUGAUGUUAAAUCUACAGCAAAUCCAAGAGCAGUUAUUCAAAAUGGUUGUUGGAAAAUUAAAGUAUUUUCAUGGUUAGCAUUAAUUAUUAUAAAUUUCCUUUUUAUACCUGAUAGUUUUUUUAUAUUUUAUGGUAAUAAUAUUGCUAUAAUAUUUUCAACAAUAUUUCUUGGAAUUGGUCUUAUAUUAUUAGUUGAUUUUGCUCAUGCUUGGGCUGAAAAAUGUCUUGAAAAAAUUGAAAUGGAAGAAUUAACUGGUGAAGGUGAUGCUGGAUUUUGGAAAAAAUUACUUGUUGGUGGAACUUUAUCAAUGUAUAUUGCCAGUAUAAUUCUUACUAUUAUAAUGUAUUGGUUUUUUGCUGGUGAUUCAUGUAAUAUGAAUAAAACUGCCAUUACAUUAAAUUUAAUUUUUUCAAUUAUAAUAUCUUUUAUAUCAGUAAAUCAAACUAUUCAAGAAUAUAAUCCCCAGGCGGGAUUAGCUCAAGCUUCAAUGGUAGUAUUUUAUUGUUCAUAUUUAGUAAUGAGUGCAGUAGCUUCUGAACCAGAUGAUAAAUAUUGUAAUCCAUUAGUAAGAUCUAGAGGUACAAGAACUGCAAGUGUUGUAUUAGGAGCAUUUUUUACAUUUAUAGCUGUUGCUUAUACAACAACAAGAGCAGCAGCAAAUUCUGCAUUUAGUUCAGAACUGACUGAUCCAUAUAUUAAUACUCAACCAGCAGUAAGAAAUGAAAUGAGAUAUCAAGCUAUUAAACAAGCUGUUGAUGAAGGUCUGUUACCUGAAAGUGCUCUUACUCAAGCAGAUUUAUAUGAAGAUGAUAUUGAAAAUCAAGGAGAUGAAGAAAGACAAAAAGUUCAAUAUAAUUAUGCACUUUUCCAUAUUAUAUUCUUUUUAGCAACUCAAUAUGUUGCAACAUUAUUAACAAUUAAUGUAAAACAAGAUGAUUUAGGAGAUUUUGUUCCAGUAGGAAGAACAUACUUUAUGAGUUGGGUUAAAAUUAUAAGUUCAUGGGUAUGUUACUUAUUAUAUGGAUGGAGUUUAGUUGCUCCCGUAGUAAUGCCUGAUCGAUUUGGUGUUCAAUUGUAAUUAUUAAAUUAAUUUAAAUUAUAUUUUAGAUAAGUAUGUGUAUGUAUGCAUGGAUGAAAUAAAAACGCUCUUGUGACGCACAUUACCCAAUUAGGCAGUCUAGGUUCGCACAAAUAUAAUUGGCUAGGGGUCUGAAAAAAAAUGAAUUUUUUCAAUUGUAAAUU